CCGGCAUUCAACUAUAGGUCACAUCACCGGCAUUCAACUAUAGCAUUCCUCAACUCAUCACUCAUCACUCGACGGAUCAAUGGCGUCGCUAUCCAUGAGCGCGGCCGGGAGGGCGGCGGGGUGGACGCCGAAACAGAACAAGCUGUUCGAGCAAGUGCUGGCAGUGCACGACAGGGACACGCCCGACCGCUGGCACAACGUUGCCCGCGCCGUUGGCGGCGGCAAGUCGGCUGAUGACGUGAGGCGCUACUACGAGCUGCUCGUCCACGAUGUCGCCAACAUCGAGGCCGGCAAGGUGCCCUUCCCCGCCUACCGUCCCCCCUGCCCCGGCCCCAACGUUGGCUACGAGGCCGACAGGCUGAAGCACUUGAAGAUCUAGCGAGAUAGCUGGUAGGUACAUGGAUAUGAAGCAUAUAUGUGCGUGCUGGCCAGCAUGGAUGGGGAUAUCCUAUGAUAUGAUAUGAUAUGCAUGCAAGUCAUGGCGUGCAUGCAACUGUAUAUGCAAGGCUGCUAGCUAGAAGAAAGAGUCGACCGAUGCAUGUUCAUAUGUAUACAUAAUUAUUACUCCCUCCGUCCCAAAAUUCUUGUCUUAGAUUAGUCUAGAUACGGAUGUAUCUAACACUAAAACGUGACUUGAUACAUCCGUAUUUAGAAAAAUUUAAGACAAGAAUUUUGGGACGGAGGGAGUAUUUGGCAAUAGUAGCUAGUACAGUACAUAUUACAUGUUAUAGGAUGGUCUGUCUC